AGCCCUUACAAGACAUCAGAGACUCCCCUGUCUAUCGGCUUGCAGCACACUUCACCUGCAUCCUCAUCCCGUCGCCACCCAAUUUCCUUCCAGAAUCCCACAGCCACUCGACACGACAGCCCACAGGGACGCCGUACGCCCGGAUCCCUCACAAUCCGUGUGGCUGUGCCCCCUGGCAGCAUCCCACCCACCACAUCGCUGCUUUGCUCCGGUAACCCGGUGACAUCAGUGCAGCUUCCUGCCUGCCGGCAGCACCCGCCCCAGGCCCCACAGCCCCGUGCCGUGGGGCAGCGAGCCCCAGGGCCCCGCUUGUGCCCUGCAGCAUGGAGUCGGUGGCUCUGUACAACUUCCAGACGACGGAGAAGGAUGAGCUGCCCUUCCAGAAAGGGGACACUCUGAAGAUACUCAACAUGGAAGAUGACCAGAACUGGUACAAGGCUGAGCUGUAUGGCUGCGAGGGCUUUGUGCCCAAAAACUACAUCAAAGUCAAACCCCACCCGUGGUACGCGGGGAGGAUCUCUCGGCACGUGGCGGAGGAGCUGCUCCUCAAGCGCAGAUACGUGGGAGCCUUCCUGAUCCGUGAGAGCGAGAGCGCGCCGGGGGAGUUCUCCAUCUCCGUCAACUACGGGCAGCAUGUCCAGCACUUCAAGGUGCUCCGUGAGCGCAAUGGCAAAUAUUUCCUCUGGGAGGAGAAGUUCAACUCCCUCAAUGAGCUGGUGGACUUCUACAGGACCACCACCAUCGCCAAGAAGCAGCAGAUCUUCCUUCGGGAUGACGAACAGAGCCCAGAGGUGAAGAGACCCAAAUUCGUGCAAGCCCAAUUCGACUUCUCUGCUCAUGACAGCUCCCAGCUGCCCUUCUACCGCGGGGACAUCAUUGAGGUGCUGGACUGCCCCGACCCCAACUGGUGGCAGGGAAAGAUCUAUGGACGCAUUGGCUUCUUCCCCCGCAAUUACGUCCACCCCAUCCGCAAAUGAGCUGCCCCAUGCCCCCCCCCCCCCCAUCCCCACACUUUCCCCAUGGGCUGCAGAUGCCAUCUGUGGAUGCUGUGCAGAGCCUGCCCCACUGCCAGCACCAACAAAUACCCAUAUGUGAAGAAGCAGACAGCUGUGUGACGUUGAGAGGUAUCCAAACUUCUGUGGGGUCAUGAUGGGUGGCAGCUCCUGGCCAGAACUCCUCCAGCCCCAGCUCCAGGAAGGCUGCAGUCAGCUGGGACAUGGCUGGGCUCAGGGAUGCUUUGGAGCAGUGCUGGGGUAUGGGUUGCUGGAAGGGCUGCUCAGGAGGAAUUCAGUCCUGCUGGUGCCAUUUGUAGCUGCAAAUUGUGGCUUUUUUGGUUGGUUUUUUUUUAUUAUUUUUUCUAGAGUUACUAAAGUGUGUUGGGAUUAAA